AUGCCUUGCGCCGCUUGUGGACAGGACAAAGAGACGACAGAGUGGAAAUGGGAUCCCCUCAGGUGGGAAUUGGACCCACCUUGCACCGAGGCAGAGUGGAAGUACCUGUCGGAUACCAAUGGUGCACCUGACUUCAUGGCACUUCAGCAGUGUAGCUACAUGAACAAGAUCUGCCGGGGAUGCUACAAUUCCAGACUUCUCGUGAUGGCAAAGGUCAAGACUAGGAUAAGAGCCCUCGGUGGCCUGGAGGAGCUUCAGCCUUCCAUGAAGAUGCGGAAGGACUACGAAGCUGCUCACCAAGCUGACCUGCUGAAGAAUCGGCCUGCAAAGAUCGACGGCUUGCAAAGCGCAGCUGAACUGAACGGUCAGCUCUGCAGGUUGCUGUCUAGGGAUGCGCAAACGUUGCGGUGGACCGUGGAACUGGUCAACGGUGAUCAGAAGUCGAUCAAAGAAGCCAACCUGACAGCCUCGAAGGACAUCGAUCUGGAAUGGGAAGUGGCCCGGCAGUACCCUGGAAGCAAGCCUACUGCUGCACAGAUGGAUGGAAAGCCGGUGGCAAGGCCUUUGGGGUCCAACACCUCGUGGCCGAAGGUCAAAGGCAUUCAUCCAGGUGCUGUUGUCCGUCUUCAAAAUCUGAUAGCAAAGCAGGAGUUGAAUGGACGCAAGGGCAGGUGCAUCAGCUUCGACCCAGAGGUUGGCCGAUGGAAGGUAGAUCUCGGUGAUGAGCACAAGUCACUCAAAGUUGAAAACUUGGUGCCGCCCUACUUGCGACAAUCAAGAGGAAGCAUUGCAAGCUGCAGUCGACUUGUUUUCCUGCUAAACUCUGCACGUAUGUGCGUCCUUCCGUGCAGCCCUGCUACCUUGGAUUGUGGGACAGGCUUCCCCAGCAGUCACUGCGAAUAUAAUAUAACAGCAAGGAGAUAUUCAACAUUGAAGACAUACACAAUAUUGGCUAUUGUUGAUGUGGGUGAUUUCUCAGCAACCUGA